AUGCGAGUGUUUCUUCAGCUUACAAAGAAUAUGAAAGCAAAAUUUGCAAACAUUGAGCUGUAUUUCCAUAAUGCGGAAAUUGAAUGUUUGAAGAAGCUCCCACCAAUGAAAUCACUUACUUGUGAAGGUUUGGUGAUUAUCACACAAAGCAGUGCUGCACUUUUUCUGCUACUUGGUUUCGUGGCACCUGGAUGUGAACUUUGCAUUCACAUCUUCGCUCCCUCUGACGAAACUCUCAUAGAUACUGCAGUUUUUGAUUUAGAAGUGGCGCAAGCAGCUCCAGUGUUUGAGUCUAGAAUCAGGGCUGGCGUUACUGACGAUCAGCUUUCUCGUCUUAAAGCUCGCUUAAUUCGUGUUAAAACUCCUUUUGUAUCAUCGAAAGGCAUCAACAAAAUAAUUCGGGUAUGUCAUUUUUCCCUUAUAUGGUGUGCGCAUAAGAAGUGUUGUAUCAAACUUAUGCAUGUUCUCGGAAACCAUUAAAA